AUGUGGUUAAGUGUAAUUUUUGUAAUCCUAGUGCUUUUGUUGCUUGUUUUACUAACAAUAUUUCACUACACGAGCGAUGGAAGAAAAUACUGGCUCCACAGAAAAGUUCCUUACAGAGAGCCGUGCCCGAUUUUUGGUAACUUUGGUGCAACACUGACAAUGAGGCGAAGUUAUACAAAUAUGCUUCAGUUCUUUUAUGAUUCGUUUCGGGAUGAGAAAUAUGUAGGUAUUUUUCAAGCGAGGAGACCAACUUUGUUGGUAAUCGAUUUGGACAUCGUUAAGAAUAUAUUCAUAAAAGACUUUGCUUGCUUUAGCGAUCGAAUAUCAGUGUCAACUGACACACGCAGGGAGCCUUUACUCCGAAACCUGGCAAAUAUGAGUGGAGCUGAGUGGAAAGCCAUGAGACACAUAGUAACACGGACUUUUUCUUCAGCUAAAAUGAAAGCAAUGUUUUGUCUCAUUGCAGACUGUGCAAAUGCCCUGAAAAUAGCCCUUUAUCAGGAAUCACUAGAAGAGGUCGAUGUCCCGAAAUUAAUGUCUCGAUUUACUACAGAUGUUAUUGGUAGUUGUGCUUUUGGUGUAGAUCCUGGGUCUUUAAAAAACCCUGAUUCACCUUUUUUGGCAAUGUCGCAGAAAAUGUUUAAAACUGAUCGGACAACGGUAUUAAAACGAUACUGUCGGACUUUUUUCCCGAGGCUUUUUAAAUUUUUGAAUCUCCGAACUUAUUCUUGGGAAGUGGAAACAUUUUUUACCAAUAUAAUCAAUCAAGUUAUCGAAGAGAGACGAACUAAAACAGUACAAAGAAACGACUUCAUUCAACUAAUGUUGAAUGUGCAGAAAAGUGAGACCGACUUUCCUAUGACUGACGAAUUAAUAACUUCUAAUUCUUUUAUAUUUAUGCUAGCUGGCUUGGAGACGUCAGCGACUACAUUAUCUUUUUGCUUGUACGAGUUGGCCAAAGACCCAGAUUUACAAACUAAAGUAAGGCAGGAAGUAUUGGAUUGUAUGGAACGGCACGGUGGAUUAAACUACGACGCAGUGUGUGCAAUGCGUUUGGUGGUUCAAACAACUUUGGAGACAUUACGGCUCCACCCCCCCACUCCCCUUACAACCCGUCUAUGCACUUUGCCUUGCACUUUAUCAACCACUGAUCUAAAAGUGAAAGUAAAAGAUGCAGUACUAAUACCAUUGCAUUGUAUACAAAAAGAUCCGAAGUACUUUGCAAAUCCCGAUAAAUUCGAUCCAGAUCGUUUUAAAGACGAGUCUAAUCCACCAGGAUUUUUGGCUUUCGGAGAAGGACCGAGGAGUUGUCCAGGUGCACGUUUCGCGCAGUUGACUGUGGCAGCGGGUCUAGCUACUGUGCUCAGUGGAUAUUUAGUAGAGCCGUGUUCUAAAUCCACGCCACGCAUUCAGUAUGAUCCACGAAGUGUUAUGCUUAAAAACAAAGGUGGGAUUUGGUUAAAAUUUAAAGCAUUGUAA